AGAAGAGUCUACACUGCCAGACACGAAAAAGACGACAAAAACAACAUGGCGGCGCCCACUGAGCACGCUGAAGUUGUUUGUGCGGUGCCAGAGCCCGCAGAAACAGACAGAACAGACCCGCAAAACACCGCAGACACAGAGCCGGGAGACCCGGACCCGGACCCGGCUCCCGAUCCGGACCCGGACUCGGAUGAGGACGCGGGGGAGCCCGCAGCGCCGCGGGUGCGGGACACCCCGGAGGACAUCCGGCUGGAGGCGAUCGCCAACUCGGUGGCCUUCCACCCGAGCGCGCGCGUGGUGGCGUGCGGGGACGUGGACGGGGACGUGUACGCGUUCUCGUACUCGUGCACGGAGGGGGAGACCCGCGAGCUGUGGUCGUCGGGCCACCACCGGAAGUCGUGCCGCAGCGUGCGGUUCUCCCCGGACGGCGGGAAGCUGCUGAGCGUGUCCAAAGACAAGGCGCUGCACGUGCUGGACGCGGAGCGCGGCGCGCUGCUCACGCGCAUCCACAAAGCGCACGCGGCGCCCAUCAACGCGCUGCUUCCGGUGGACGAAAACAUCGUGGCGACCGGAGAUGACGCAGGCACGCUGAAGGUCUGGGACAUGAGGAAGGGAACGUCCGUCAUGGAUCUGAAGCACCAUGACGACUACAUCAGUGACAUCACCGUGGACCAGAACAAGAGGAUCCUGCUCACGGCCAGCGGCGACGGGACGAUGGGCGUGUUCAACCUGAAGCGGCGGCGCUUCGAGCUGCUGUCGGAGUUCCAGAGCGGCGACCUGACCUCGGUGGCGGUGAUGAAGCGCGGCAGGAAGGUGGUGUGCGGCUCCAGCGAGGGCACCGUCUACAUCUUCAACUGGAACGGCUUCGGCGCCACGAGCGACCGCUUCGCCCUCAAGGCCGAGUCGGUGGACUGCAUCGCGCCCGUCACCGACAGCAUCAUGUGCGUCGCCUCCAUGGACGGCUUCAUCCGGGCCGUCAGCCUCCUCCCGAACCGCGUGCUCGGCUGCGUCGGACAGCACGUCGGCGAGCCCAUCGAGGAGAUCGUGACGUCGGCCGACUCGCGGCUGCUGGCGAGCUGCGGCCACGAUCAGCUGCUCAGCUUCUGGGACGUUUCCUCGCUGGCCGCCAUGACGGUCAGCGACUACCGCAAGAGGAAGAGGAAGGGCGGGCGGCUGAAGGCCCUCAGCAAGAAGGCCCUCGGGGACGACGACUUCUUCUCCGGCCUGCAGGAGGAGCCCGACAAGAAGGAGGCAGGAGGCGACGAAGAGGACGAGGAGGAGGAGGAGGAGAGCGACAGUGACAGCGACAGCGACUAAAGGGGCAGUCCACCCUGUUUUGUGUGUGAACACGGCUCGUUCCUGUGCCUUUUUGGACCGUUUGGUUUUUGUUAAACCUCUGGAGGCUUCACACCAGGUCAGCCAUGAAGGACGGAGCACAGAAAAAAAUGACUUGGAAAAUUGCAAAUAAAUACAUUAACAAAAGAAAAACAAGUGCCAAAAAGGAAAAAUUCCCUUAAAAAAAAAAAAAAAAAUAAAAUAAAAUAA